AGGCCGAUGCGCGUCCGGCGUCUGCGCUUUUCGAUCGUCUUCUUCGGUCGAGCCACGCAAUCGCACUUUGCUUUGUUUUCGGCACUCCCACUGCGCCAUUUUCUUGAAAUCUGUUUUGCCCUUCAAUAUUACUGAAAUAUUGCUCUUUUUUGGAACUUUUCCUCUUGCAUUUCUCCCCUGGAUAUCGUCGUUUGCUGGAGUCAUUGGCACAUUGAUGCUUAAGCGCCAUGGAUAACAAAUUAUUAAUAGGUAACACUUUGGAAAUAGUAAGCGAAGAGGAUAUCGUGACAAAGAAGUUAAAAAUUCCCAUGAAUAAAAUAGAAUUAGACGAGAACGUGGAGGUGUCGGAGGACACUGUUGAUAAUGUCAACAUUCUUCAAAUGGAGCCAAUCAUGGCUGAAGGACAAGAACUUGUUCACUGCAUGUUUGAAGAAAGUGAAACCAUGACCUUUGAGGAGUCUGUAGAAGAUUCGACGGCAGUUUCAUCUAUUUUAGAAGAACAGGAAGAUAGCAAGGAGGUUGCUGAGAUGAAGUUGGAAGAGAAUCCUGAGAGUUCUGCUAAAAUAGACAAAGAUGAUCCACGGAGUCGUCUUCAUUUUGUUAAAUAUUUGAAACGAAAUGGAAAGACUGUUAAAAUUUGGGAAUGUGGAAUUUGCACGAAAGAAUUUAGACACCAAUACACACUAAUGAGGCAUUUACCAACCCACACCGAUGAACGUAACUUCAGAUGCGAUGUUUGUGGGAAAGCUUUCAGACAGAUGAGCACGCUGUCGCAACACAGAGCUAUUCACAGUGAUGCUAGACCGUAUAUUUGCGAAGUCUGCAAGAAAACUUUCAAUCGAGUUUCCACUUUAAUCUCGCACCGGAAAACGCAUUCACAGGACAAACCUCACAUGUGCAAUAUUUGCGGAAAAGGAUUUCAUCAGAAAGGCAACUUGAGGAAUCACAUUUUUACACACACAAAUGAAAGACCAUACAGGUGCAAUGUGUGCAACAAAGGCUUUAACCAAAUGUCCAAUCUGAUGUGUCACAAAGUUAAAUUGUGUGAAGCGGAUAAAAACAUGAUUGGCAAGAGAUUGAAUGACGAAAUCAUCACCCUCCAGAGUGAUGGUGUAUUUGUUAAAGAGACGGCAGCAGAAAGACGAUCAAGAAAUAAGAAAAACCUGACAUUUGUUGAAUAUGAACAGGAUGUCGAAGAUGAGCUUGAUAUGCAAGAAGAAGAAAUGCUGUCGUUAAAUGCUGGAGUUUUAAUAGAACCUAUAGAUACCAAAGCGAUGAAAUUGGCGAGAACAAAUGGACAAACGCCGUUUGCUUUGCUCAAACCAGCCAAAGGCAUUCCUGUCUUAGUCAAAGUUGUGGAUGUUCCUUCGCGAUGUAAGCAAAUGCUGGUGCCUGCAACUGCCGAGGACCUGAAAAAUGCUGGCAAAGUGUUUGUGUCUCCAUCUGCUCAAUGCGAAAGCGUGAAAGCUGUUCAAAUCAAGGUUCCAGUUGUGGCGACAGUAACUCAAAACGUUUUGUCUGAUGGCUCCUUGGCGAUUGUGAUUGAACCGCCGAACGGUGAACACCUAUUCAAGGAGUCUGCAGAAGACCGUGAGAGAGAUAGUAGAACUGAAGAAGUCUGCCCAGAUGAAGAAAGCCUUGAGGAAAAAGUGGAUGUGUGCGAAGUUGUGGAAGAAAACGUGCAGUAUAUUUAUGAUGACGGAACCGAGAGGGAAUGGAUUAUUGAAAAUGAAAUUGACCAGAGUAAUGACCAGUUUGUGCCACCAGAGGUGUACGUUCUGGAAGAAAUCACUACUAAAGAAGAAGAUAUUGGUUGAACUUUUUGAUGACUUUGGCCUGCUGAAGUCCCGCCAAUAAUAUUUUCAAAUUAAAUUUUGACAAGAAUGCACAAUAAAAAGAAGUUUAACAUUUAAACUUGUAAGAUUUAA